AUGGCCCAAGAAGUAAACCUGAACUCCCUCAAGGAGUUAGAGCGCCAGGCCAUCCUCCAGGUCCUGUACCGAGACCAGGCUGUCCAGGAUGCGGAAGAGGAGAGGAUUCGGAAACUGAAGACGCACCUGCAGCAGCUCCGGUGGAGAGGGCCGAAGAGCUCGAGCCAGGAGCGCACAGAGAAAUCCUGUGCACGUUGCCAGCAGGCGCUGGGGCUCCUGCUGCACCGGGGGGCCGUUUGCCGGGGCUGCAGUCACCGCGUGUGCUCCGCGUGCCGCGUGUUCCUGAGGGGGACCCACGCCUGGAAGUGCACUGUGUGCUUCGAGGACAGAAAUGUGAAAAUAAAAACUGGAGAAUGGUUCUUUGAGGAGCGAGCCAAGAAAUUUCCAACUGAAGGCAAACAUGAGACUACUGGAGCAAAGCUCUUGCAAUCUUAUCAGAAACUGAGCAACAUUUCUGUGGUUCCUCCUACGCCCCCUCCUCUCAGUGAGAGCCAGUGCAGCCGGAGCCCUGGAAGGUUACAGGAACUUGGUCAGUUUAAAGGAUUUAAUAAGUCCGUGGAAAAUUUGUUUCUGUCUGUUGCCACCCACAUGAAAAAGCUGUCCAAGUCCCAGAAUGACAUGACUUCUGAGAGGCAUCUUCUAGCCACGGGCCCCAGGCAGUGUUCGGGCCGGACAGAGAGAAGGAGCCAGUCUGACACUGCUGUCAACGUCACCACCAGGAAGGUGAGUGCACCAGAUAUUCUGAAACCUCUCAAUCAAGAGGAGCCCAAACGUUCUACCAACCCUGCUUUGAAGCAAGAGACUCACUCAUCCAGUCCAACACCCAGUGCAUUAUUCUCAGAAGGCGCGAGACAUGGAAGUUUAAUUAGCAUUAACAGCACUUGUACAGAGAUGGACAAUUUUGACAACGCAAAUGUCACUGGAGAAAUAGAAUUUGCCAUUCGUUAUUGCUUCACAACCCAUUCUUUAGAAAUAUGCAUCAAGGCCUGCAAGAACCUUGCCUAUGGAGAGGAAAAAAAGAAAAAAUGCAAUCCGUAUGUGAAGACUUACCUGCUACCUGACAGAUCCUCACAGGGAAAACGCAAGACUGGCGUCCAAAGGAACACAGUGGACCCAACCUUUCAGGAGACCUUGAAGUAUCAGAUGGCCCCUGCCCAGCUGGUGACCCGGAGGCUGCAGGUCUCGGUGUGGCACCUGGGCACGCUGGCCCGGAGAGUGUUUCUUGGAGAAGUGAUCAUUCCUCUGGCCACGUGGGACUUUGAAGACAGCGCAACACAGUCCUUCCGCUGGUACCCGCUCUGGGCCAAGGCAGGGAAAUACGAAGACAGCGUUCCUCAGAAUAAUGGAGAAAUUGUAGUCCGGGCUAAAUUGGUCCUCCCUGCUGGGCCCAGGAAACUCCAGGAGGAUCAGGAAGGAACAGGAGAUCAGCCUUCACUUAAUGGUCAACUCUGCUUGGUAGUGCUGGGAGCCAAGGAUCUACCUGUGCGGUCAGAUGGCACCCUAAACUCAUUCGUUAAGGGCUGUCUCAGUCUGCCCGACCAGCAAAAACUGAGACUGAAGUCCCCAGUCCUGAAGAAGCAAGCGUGUCCCCAGUGGAAACAUUCCUUUGUCUUCAGUGGUGUGACUUUGUCUCAGCUGAGGCAGUCAAGCCUGGAAUUAACAGUCUGGGACCAGGCCAUCUUUGGCAUGAAUGACCGCCUGCUGGGGGGAGCCAGACUUGGUUCAAUGCGGGAUGCAGCUGGCGAUGGGGACACGUGCUCACAAUCAAGUCUUCAAUGGCAGAAGGUCCUUUCCAGCCCCAAUGUAUGGACAGACAUGACACUCCUCCUGCACUGA